GGCGCCGGGGAGCCCAGGCGGGCGAGGGUGGAAGCCGAUUCAGGCCCGGAGAGAGGCCUCCGCCACCCUUCGCUCGCUCGCUCGCUUCCUUCUUCAGUCCCUCCCUCCGCUGGCGUCCUUCGUGAGGGAACGGGGUGGGGGACCUUUAAGCCCCGGCUUCACCCCGGCGGCCCCGCACCCCUCGCUGCUCUCCUGACCGGGCCGCUGUUCGCCUCCCUGGGCUGACUGGCCGGCUUUCUUGGCAGGCGGCUGGGGUUUAUUUCGAGUAAGAGGAGCAAGGGAGAUAGCCCAAGGGACUGCGGGGUCAGAUUUUGGAACAGAAGCUCAUUUCUGAGCCAGGGUUAAGGCCUCCGGAAUGCCUCCAACGAGCCCCAGAUCACGGGGCCUCAUCCUUUACAUUUUUCUCUUCUUAUCAGGUGGUGUUUCACAAAAUGUCUCCUAAUGAGACCUUGUUUCUGGAAAGCACCAACAAAAUCUAUAAAGAUGAUAUUUCUAAUAGUUCGUUUGUGAACUUCCAAAUAUGGGACUUCCCUGGGCAGAUGGACUUUUUUGACCCAACCUUUGAUUACGAAAUGAUUUUCAGAGGAACUGGAGCCCUCAUCUAUGUCAUUGACGCUCAGGAUGACUAUAUGGAAGCUUUAACCAGACUUCACAUUACAGUUUCAAAAGCUUAUAAAAUUAAUCCAGAAAUGAACUUUGAGGUUUUUAUUCAUAAAGUUGAUGGUUUGUCAGAUGACCAUAAAAUAGAAACUCAAAGAGAUAUUCAUCAGCGAGCCAAUGAUGAUUUGGGUGAUGCUGGGCUAGAAAAACUCCACCUUAGUUUUUACUUGACAAGCAUUUAUGAUCAUUCCAUAUUUGAAGCAUUCAGUAAAGUGGUUCAGAAACUCAUCCCACAGUUGCCAACGUUAGAAAAUCUAUUGAAUAUCUUUAUAUCGAAUUCGGGGAUUGAGAAAGCAUUUCUGUUUGAUGUUGUCAGCAAGAUUUAUAUUGCCACGGAUAGCUCUCCUGUUGACAUGCAGUCCUAUGAGCUGUGUUGUGACAUGAUUGAUGUUGUCAUUGAUGUCUCUUGCAUAUACGGGCUGAAGGAAGAUGGGAGUGGAAGUGCAUAUGAUAAAGAAUCUAUGGCAAUUAUCAAACUUAAUAACACAACUGUUCUGUAUUUAAAAGAAGUUACCAAGUUCCUGGCGUUAGUGUGUAUCCUGAGAGAGGAAAGCUUUGAACGCAAAGGCUUAAUAGAUUACAAUUUCCACUGCUUCCGCAAGGCCAUCCAUGAAGUCUUUGAAGUGGGUAUUUCCUCCCACCGAUCCUGCAACCAUCAAGCAAACAUCCCUGGUCUGAAAGCAAUGACUCAUAAUGGCACCCCUAGGAAUGCAGUUUAGGGGAGAGAGACCACAGUAGGAUGGUUAGGUGCUUGCCUGCCCUGUGUCUGGGCGUCAGGGAUGGGCAGCACAGAGAACUUGCUGCCCAAAUUCCUCUGUGUAUUCUGGAAGAGGAAGGACUUUGCCAUGUGGAGCUGCAGGUGUAAUUGGCGUGGCAUAGCCGAAACGACCAUGAAGGACUUGGGGAUGGAGAACAUUGGCUUUUGCCUUUCUCUGGUGGCCCUUCAGUCCUAUCUUCACUUGGAACCCCCCCCCCNCCCCCCCCCCCCCCCGUGAUUUAAAAUACAGCCUGGGUUACUCUAGGAGAAAAGCUGGAUUGACAGCUGCUCAGCAUUAUGCAUUUGAACUGGAACAGUCACCCAUUUCAAGGAAGUUGAUGACCUCUUGCAGAUGUUCAGAAAUUCAAAAUAUUACAUCUUGUAACUUAGUUUAGCACAAUCGCAAACAUUCCAUUUGAUCCUUUGGGUUUUACCGUGACAUUUUUUUGUUAAUGCUUGAAAAAUAAUUCCAUAUUCAGUGCCUCAGUAAAGAAGCUGAUUUUCUCUGUUGUAGAAUGUUCUAAGAGACACAGACAACAUAACUCUGUGGCUGUGAACUAGUUUACAAGAUGUUUGUCUUACAUUUUUUUCAUUGUUGACAAGACAACUAACAGGUUGCCGGCAGGAGUUCCUGUAGUUGUUUUUCAAAGCUGCUUUUGUAGUAAAUGAUCAUCCGAUUUUGCCCUGUCAUGGCUGAUAUCUUCAUGAAAUUGGUGCUUAUUCCAACUUUUGAAACCAAUGAUGAGAACGCAUCCUGGGUUUGUGUUUGCAAAACAGGGCAUACGAGACCCACAAAUAUAAUGGUCCAAAGUUUUGUUACUAAAAUUUGCAGUAGUUCCUCACCAGGCAAUGAAGUUCCUUUGCCCAAAAGCUAGAAAGAUAUGUGUGUCCCUGUGCUGGCCUGUUUUCAGUAUGUGAGAAGUGUGCCUCUUCUGCUAUGGCUCAUGGUGCCCUGAAUUUGGAAAGAGUUGCUGGCCCCUCUAGUGGAAAGGCCGCACUUCUGGAAAGGCCACCGACCUUCAAGCCAUGUUCUUCCACAGGAAUCUCUGCAAGUAUGUGGAAGGUUUAGUAGGCUUGCUGCUGCCUGCAGCUGAGUGGGUUCUUACAGGCCGUUUGGUUCAGAGGGGGCUUCCAUGUCAAUGAGCUGCAGUAAUAAAAAGGAUUUAUCUGA